AUGAAAACCACACGAAGCCGCGCGGAAGUCUUGAAACUUCUCCAGUCCCUGGAUCACGACAAGUCGGGCAAGGUCAGCGCGGGAGAGCUGAUGGCCGUGUUUGGUGAUGAAGUGACGCACGAAGAGUUGAAAGCCUUUAUUGCUCGUCAUGACAAAGACAAUGAUGGAGAGCUUGAUAUUGACGAAUUGCUUGAAUUUUUUACUAAAUAA